GUCGGGCUGGGAGGGCUUUUGGACGGAACUGCUCAGGUGGCUGUGAGCUCUGCCAGCUUUGGUGACCUUGGGUGCCGACUGUCCGCUGAUGUGCCCGGCCUUUGCCUGCAAUGCCGCCCUCUGUCUCGGCCUUCCAGGCCGCCUACAUUGGCAUUGAGGUGCUCAUCGCCCUGGUCUCUGUGCCUGGGAAUGUGCUGGUGAUCUGGGCAGUGAAGGUGAACCAGGCGCUGCGGGAUGCCACCUUCUGUUUCAUCGCAUCGCUGGCAGUGGCUGAUGUGGCCGUGGGCGCUCUGGUCAUCCCGCUUGCCAUCCUCAUCAACAUUGGGCCACAGACCCACUUCCACACCUGCCUCAUGGUCGCCUGCCCUGUCCUCAUCCUGACCCAGAGCUCCAUCCUGGCCCUGCUGGCCAUUGCCGUGGACCGCUACCUCCGUGUCAAGAUCCCACUCCGGUACAAGACGGUGGUGACGCCCCGGAGGGCUGCGGUGGCCAUCGCCGGCUGCUGGAUCGUCUCCCUUGUGGUGGGCCUGACACCCAUGUUCGGCUGGAAUAACCUGAGUGCGGUGGAGCGGGCCUGGGUGGCCAACGGCAGCGUGGGCGAGCCGGUGAUCAAGUGCGAGUUUGAGAAGGUCAUCAGCAUGGAGUACAUGGUCUACUUCAACUUCUUCGUGUGGGUGCUGCCCCCUCUGCUGCUCAUGGUCCUCAUCUACCUGGAGGUCUUCUACCUGAUCCGCAGGCAGCUCAACAAGAAGGUGUCGGCCUCCGCCGGGGACCCACAGAAGUACUACGGGAAGGAGCUGAAGAUCGCCAAGUCGCUGGCACUCAUCCUGCUCCUCUUCGCCCUCAGCUGGCUGCCCCUGCACAUCCUGAACUGCAUCACCCUCUUCUGCCCUUCCUGCCACAAGCCCAGCAUCCUCACCUACAUUGCCAUCUUCCUCACGCAUGGCAACUCGGCCAUGAACCCCAUUGUCUAUGCCUUUCGCAUCCAGAAGUUCCGGGUCACCUUCCUCAAGAUUUGGAAUGACCAUUUCCGCUGCCAGCCCGCACCCCCCAUUGCUGGGGACCCCCCGGAAGAGAGGCCAGAUGACUAAACUCUACCUGCCCACAGCCAGAGCAUCUCAGCUCGGUCCUCACCUCCCUCCUGUCUAACUUGUCUCCAUGAGCCUUCCCCAGCCAGGCUGUGGGGUGUGGAUGCCCUGCACCUCGGGGCCCUGCAGGAGGUUUAGGGGGCAGUCCGUGAGGAAGAAACCAGGUAACCCGAUGGG